UCUCUUUUCGGAGCUCUCGUGGAAAAGCCGCGUGUGUGUGGAUCGGUUGUGCGGAAAACCGUGCCCGUCUGAGCUGAGGGACCAACCUUUUUCAUCUGAUUUUGGUCUUGGUCUGCUUGGCUGGUGGUUACUUAAUUGUGCGCGAGAGUGAUGUGAAGGAAAAUAUAGAAAGAGGAAACACCAAGCGAAGAACGCGAAGAACUGGAUGUGAAAAUUUGAGAGAUCGCUUGUGGUGAAUGAUUAAAACCGUUUCGAGAACGGCAACUGGUGGAAAUUUAGUCAGUCACGCGGAAUUUGAAAGUAAUGGCCGCGAUCGGAACAACAAUAUAGCGGUCCUCCCGAACGGUGUCAUACUGCGAAAGCUGAAGAGUAAACACUCAUCCGAGUGCCUUCUGUGCUGGAAGGAAACCCGUAUUCCUAAGUGUCUGUGCCCUAGCUGUUCCAAACAGUACUGCAUCCAAUGUACAAAAAAGUGGCUAACCGAUAAUAAAACCAAGUCCAGUGAGUGUCCCAACUGUAAGUGUAAACUUCCGAUUGACGAUCUGAUCCACUUCAGUGAUGGUAGCACGAAAAAUGAGGGGGUGAUAAACAACGGUAAUGUAAGCCAGCAGUUUAAAAAUAACGGCGUAGGUUCUGGUUCAAUAAAGUUAGUGGUGAAAGUGAUUGAGAACGAUGGUUUUGGGUUGACGAACGGGAAUGCUGCCGUGGCCGAACCAAUGGUUAAUGGUUCCGCACCGGUUAAGAUGCUAGCCGUCAAUGGGCGCCAAGGAAAGAAAUCGAAGGAAGCGAGCAAGAAACAGCAACAACAGUUAAGUCAUAGCGAAUCGAAUGGGAAAGUGAUUGAAGUGGUGAAAAGAGAAUCGGAGAAAAAUUGCAAUGGGUUAGUGCAUAAAGAAAAUGGUCAAGACGGGCAAGUGAAUGGUGUUGUGGUAACGGAAUCGUCAAAAAGCAAUGUGCAGCACAGGAAGAAUGGAUUCAAGAAACCUGUUCAGCCUAACUCGGCCACGUCACCUUUACCCGAACAGGUAGUGAAAAACGAUGUGGCGCCUAAGGAAACUUCCGAUACAAACGGGCAUACAAUUCAGUUGGAGCAUAAUUUGGAUCAGGAUAGCGAUCGACCACCAUGUUCGCUACACUCACUGCCUCUUAUAUUUUUCUGUUUGUCCUGUAACUUCUGCAUCUGUGAAAAAUGUGCCCUCCACGAUGAUAUCCAUGAGAAUCACACCUUCAAGAAGGUAACGACUAUUUACGAAACGAAACUAGAAGCGGUUAGGCAAGAGUUCUCUCUGGUAAAAACAUACUUGGAUGAUACCAACAAGGUAGUCGAAAGCGUCGAGCGAAACAUAGAUUUGAUCAAAGCAUCUAAAGCCCGUAAGCUACAAGAGCUUAGCCGGUUGCUACACUCAGAGGCGGAAUGUAUCGAGCGACAAAUUAAUCGUAAGUUGUCAAUACUGCAAGACCAGAAAGAUGCCGUCACGAAUGAGGUCUACCGAGUGCGAGCUGGUUACAAAAAGUUGGAAAAAGAGCUGAACGCUUGCCCGAUACAGGAUCUUCUGGUGAAAGAUACAGAAUUCGUUAAGAGAUGCAGCCAACUGAUCGAGAAACCUGUUGAAAGCUUCGUCCAUCAGCCGGUUUCAGCUGACUUGGAAUGUGAUUUUAUUCCGGAGUUUCGAUCUGAAAUCUUCAAUGUGAAAGAUUACCAAGCGAUCGAACCGAUCGAGGAAUGCCGUACAUCGGAUGUGCUACACGACGUGAUAGGCUUCGGAUGGCGACUACACGCAUGGAAAAGUGACCACCUAUCGGUUACUUUAAUGAUGACGGAAGGCGUUAGUGGAAGAUACGAGUAUUGCAUCGAACUGCUGCAUGGAGCGAGCCCUUCCAAAUCGAUCAGGCUGCUUCACAUUGAUCAGUUCGAGUUGCACCGAUCGGGACCGGUGCACGAUUUGAUCGAGAACGAACGGCUAGUGGAGGAAGGGUUCCUCAGUGAACAGAACGACUCGCUGCAGAUAAAGUUCUCCGUGCGCCCUCCAACAAUUGUUACGAAAAGUCGCUACCAACAGGAAUAUAUCGAGCAAUCACGGAAGGAUAAUAUCAAUGAAUAUGACAGCAAUGUGAUCACAAUCUGCAAUAUCAGAGACCCGACGACAUCGAUCGUUCUUUCCAAACAGUAUACUGACACGGUAGGAUCCCGAUGGAGGCUGAAUGUCUACCCAAAAGGCAAUAACACUAAUGGUCGAUAUCUGAGUACGUAUGUGGAAUUGUGUGACGGAGUUGCAGGCAGGUAUCAAUACAUCGUUGAAUUGCUGCACACGGAUUCCGAUCGACAGUUGAAGUUCCAGUCUGAAGAUCAUUUCCGAGUAGGCGAGAUACGAGGCUACCAGAAAUUCAUCAGGGUGAAACGAGUCUUGGAAGAGGGAUACCUGAACGAUGAUGGCUCGAUCUAUAUUCGGCUGUCGAUAAGACCGGCCACACUAGCUCUGCGCUGCCAAUACCAGGAGGAAUACCAAACACUGAAGGAGGAGAAGAUCCUGUUCCAGUUCAACAGCCAGUUGAGUCAACACCUAACUAAGAUCCGGACCUUACGAGAGGAUAAUAGCUCCCUACAAAGUAUAGCCUAUCCGGAGUAUAAUUCAAACAUUUUUGUGAUGCGAAAUUUUAGCAGUUUACGACAGAAUAACGAAGAUAUUUGUUCAGACAACAGCUACGACGACCUGGGGUGCUGCUGGAGACUUAUUGUGUUCCCGAAUGGGGAUAAGGAUGGGCAAGAUGAAUGGUUGAGUGUGUAUCUGCGGCUAUUGGAAGGAAUUCCAGGAAGUUACGAAUACUGUGUCGAACUACUGCACAACGAUCCAAACAAGACUGUUAAAAUGGAAGGGACGCAAAAGUUCGAGAUUCAGGAACGAUUCGGAUGGUCAAAAUUUGCCCGUUUGGAUAUGGUCUGUGCCAAUGGGUUCAUCAACGAAGAGCAUGAUUCGCUGUACUUCCGGUUUUCGUUAAGGCCUCCGAAUUACAAAGCCAAAUGCGAUUACCAGCAAUUGCUGCGAGUGGACGCAAAGCGUGAAAACGAAUUGCUUAAAGGUGAGUUGAUUCCGGCGUACAGCACGAUCACCUACACGUUGAAAGGCUUCUCGGAGAUGCAACAGAAGGAAGGGUUCGUUUACUCUGAUCCUCUGGUGGACGACCUUGGUUUCACAUGGCGGCUGUUAAUCUAUGCCAAUGGGCAUAACGAGGGACGAGGGUGUCACCUGAGUGUGUUUCUGAUAUUAUUUGAGGGCGUCACCGGAAGCCGGUUCGAGUACCGCGUGGAGCUGCUCCAUCGCAACCCGCUGGCCAACAUCAAGAUGGAGGGCGUUAACGUGUUCAAGCUGAAGAAAAUCUGGGGCUGGCCGCAGUACAUCCACCACGAUCGGCUUCGAGACGAAGGCUAUCUCAACGAGGACGACACGCUCGAGUUCCGUCUGUCGAUCUGUCCACCCGACAUCAAACUGAAGUGCGAAUACCAGCAGGAGUUCAUUAGGAAGCUUAAGGAACGUCAAAAGUAGGUCAAUAAGGCGCGGAUGGUGCAGCGUGUGAGAAGAUUGUGUUAAUGGACGAUUGUGCAAGUGAGGACGAAAUACGAACAGGGAUCAGCUUGACGGACAAACAAAAGGCGUGGCGUGGUUGUGAUGAGGAAAUUAGUCGUGGGGUGGAAUGUCUGUGAAAAGAAGGUUUUGACGUGGUAGACGCAUACCACUCCAAUGGCGAAGAGAAAAUAUAUUAAAAAAUGCGUGGCGAGGGUGGCGGAGUAGGUAGUUCAAAGGUAUCUUUGAAGAAGUUUAUUUUUAGAGCGCAGAAAUGAACGAAUUUAAUAAACGCUUUGAAACGAGGUGUCAACGCGCACAGUAGGCGAAAAGGUGCGACGACGCCGCCGCUGCUGCCAUCGAUUCAUGUUCCUUGGUGCGGUACAAGUGUUGCUUUUCUUUUUUAGUUUUUCUCUACCUUAAUGUCAUUCGGUGGGUCGUCUUCAAAUACCGGGGAAACGAAACAUAUUUUCUAUUUAUUUACAAACACCUCAUUUUCUGUUUUAAUCUUUUCGCUGAAUGACUGUAUUCUUACGCAAGUGUUCGGUAACUUAUAACUUAGGUAAAGAAAGAUGGAUGAUUUUCAAUAACCAUCAUGAUUUUUUUUCUGUUUUUUAUUUUUCAAUAAUAAAACUAGGAGAAUUCAAAAUAUGCAAAUAUUUUAAUGAUUCAAACUGGUUCGAAAAUAAAAAAUUGCAAAUUUAAUGUUUUGUGUGUAAAUGCGUGUGCUAUAAAGAUGUGCAAAUUCAAUAUAUACUCAGCAAAGCGGUUGAUUAUUGAAUGGAAAAUGAACGAAAAUCACCAUGAAGGGUAGAAAUAAAAGGGGAUCGUGGUGAUUGAAAAUUAGGUUAUGCAGUGUUGUGUGUGACAAAACCGAGACUGGAGUGCGAGAAAUUGUUUUAAUGCUCAUAACACAAUUCACGUGAAAUUCAUUUUUCCGCUAAGGAAGCUUAUCAUUUAUGUUUAGUAUAGGCAAGUGAAUUGAUUAUCUUAGUUGAAUUUAAUUAAUUUAACAAAAGUUGUCAACUUUAUUUGAAUUGAAGUUCUAUUCAACGACAUGCUCAAUUCACAACCGUUUAUCCGAGACAUUAUCCGCGAAUUAUUUUGUUGACUAUUAAGUAAUAAGGCGAAAACAAAAGUGUUUUUUUGUUUUUUUUUUGUCAAAAAUAACAAUUCAUCGAGGAAAAAAAUCAAAAUUUUAGAAAUAUUUCAUGACUUUCCAAAAUAUUUGUUCACAAUGAGUUUUUUUUAAUUUUAUUCAUUUAAAUAUUAAAUCUUUAUUUACAUCUUUUUAACCACUGUAAAAGUACUAGGGCAUCAUUUUAUGAAAGUAUUUGUAACGACCUAAAUCGGAUGAAUUUAUAUAAAAAAUCAACUACAAUAAAUUUUCCAAAUUAUAUGAAUUAAACGAAACAAGAUGGAAUCGAUUCCUAUAACGUCUUACUGGUAAUAUUUUGCUUGGGGUAGCUAAUUAUUAUCAUACUUUUUAAACACGAUCAAAAUGAAAUUGUAAUACUAGAAGUGACAUAAUAUUAGUCAUUUAGUCGAUCUGCUUGGUUGAGGAGAUUUUUUUUUUUGUUCGGCUAAGUCAACAUAUAUGUAAGAACAACAUAAACUAUGAACAGCGCCAAACAUACAUGCAGCCUCAGAUACAUUGUGUCAUUUUUGCUUAAAUCGACAUUGACUACGAUGAAUAACAUUUUGAAGAGCGAAAGAAAUUCCUAAAUGAAAUAUAGAGUGAUUUUAAAAGAAA